CCUCAUUCAAAUAGACAUCCAAAACGAAACGUAAACCCUUUCGUUCCCUUCCAUUCUAUUCCUUCUUCUCCAACGAGGACGCUGAAAAUCCCCCCUCUUCUGUUGAUUUCUCCUUCUCUUCCCUCUCACACUCUUCAGCUCACACGCGAAAUCUCUCUAUAUGCUUGAUAGCUUCAGAAUUUCACCAGUUCGGCGCUUCGUGUUUUUUUUUUUUACAUUGAUCACGAUGUUUCGCGCUCAAUCACGAGUCUAGGGUUUCCAAAACGUAGGCAGAGAUGGAAUCUAUUCAUCCAUUGACUUAUUGUUGCUGAUGUAGUGAUUGUCCCACAUCGAUGUCUCCUGGUGCAAGAAAUUCUAGGAUUUUUGCCCUUCAAAACAUGCUUUCGACUUCUUCUGCAACUCUAGUGUCUAUGUUAUCCCAGUUGUCAGAGGCAGAAGAGCAGAAACGGGUUUUCAGUGGUAAAGAGCGUUAGAACCAAGUCCGGUCCCUUGCUGAUGCCAAGAAUGUGAUGAAUUAUUUGUUCAAUAUUGUAUCUUCGUCCAGGUGUUCAUUACGAGAUAAUAAGUAAGUGAUUUGCAGAGAGAAGGACAUGGAAAUAAGAGAUCUAAAAGAAAAAUUUGUGGGGCUAAGCUACUCACUUCGACAGUUGGACAUGAUAAAAGCUGAACUUAGUCACAAGUUGAAGUUGCAGAGUGAUGCUUUGAAAAGAUACUCAGAAUAUGUGGGAGAUUCAGAAUAUUCUGACUUGAAUGUUGGAGGCCACAAGUAUUACUUGUGCAAGCCGGAAUACCGCUGGUCUACCCAUCUAUUGGAGGACAUGGAUAUAUCUGAGACAGAGUCAGAUGAUCUGACAGAUGACGGGUGGGAAGAAUCAGGAAAGUUAAAGGUUUGGAAAAGGAAAUCUAAAACAAGACGCUCAGACAUUGAAAAUAAUCAAUCCAACAUCAACAAUUUAGAAGAUUUCAAAGAAAAUUCAGGAGAUAUACUUGUAGAUACCCCUGGGGAAACUGCAUCAGAUAUUUGCUGCUCUUGUAGCAGAACCUCAUUGUGCAAGACAGCAAAAUGCAAGUGCAAAGCUAUGGGCAAUAGUUGUGGGAGUUCUUGCGGUUGCCUAGCAACCAAGUGUGUCAACAGAGCAUCAAUAUCAAGUGAAUCACAGGAGCCAACACAAUCUGCAAGUAUUGAAGAAACAGGCCUUCUUGUUACUCAAGGUGCAGGGUUACUUCAGGGAGCACUGGUUGAUAGGCUUGACGAGACAAACAGUGGCCGAGGGCACAGAAAACCUCUCUCUGACAUAGGAAAUACACAGGUCAAAUCAAAUGCCAAGAACGAUAAUCCCAAAAAGAAAACAGCCACCGUAAUUAUUGUUCCAAAUCCGCCACCUUCUUCGCAGGCAGAGAAUUCUGAAGUCCCCAUCCCCAUCCACAACCUCAAGUUCAGCUUCAGGAAAGAAAAGUUCAACUUCAGGAAAGAAAAUAAUAACAACACGAAUGAAACAAGUGUAGCUGUGAAUAAACCAAGACAUAAAAGGUCCAAAUCCAGACCUGAAAACGCUGCCUCAGCCCCAAGGGCAGAGGGUAAUUUCGUGGACCCAGAUGCACCCUUGAAAAUGCCAAGGGCUGUUCGAAGGGAAGCAUCAUCCAAUAGUAGUGGCGUUCCAUUUUGGGACAGGAAUGCUGCUGCUGGUAAUAAGUCAGAUGAACCUGAAGUUUUUGAAACAAGGAAUCCACUACGGCACAAAAGAUCACUAGACGAAAAAGAGAACAACAGACGCUGAUCAGAUACAUUUGUUUCUUACCAUUUUGAUCAUGUUUAUACCCAGAAGAAGACCAGUACUAGAACAAUAUGUCUUGCGGAGGUUUUGUUGAAGAAAGAAGAUAUCAGUGUACAGACAAAUGAAUCGAUUUAAGUACGUUUGGUUCGAUUUUCUUGGUUCUUAUACUGUUAAAUUUUAGCAUUCCAUAAGGUUUCAGAUGAAGGCCAGAAAACGGCCAGUCUACUCAAGUGGUGAGGUCAGAAUAAGUUGUGUCAAAGCUCAGUAUUUGAGUUGAUCCCUCGCUCGGAAAAAUAUUUUCUGCUGAAUGGCCAUAGUAUUGUAAAUAAACAAGGUUGUAUUUAGACGAGGAAUUUUAAAAUUUUAGAGAAUUUAAAAUGA